UAACAUGGCAGGACGUGGAGAUGGUGCCGCUGUUUCGGUGGAGGAAUUUCAGGAGUUGCGUACACAAAUGAAUGAUUUGGUGCAGCAGCUCCAAACUCUCCAAUUGAACAUACCACGUCGAGAACCGCCACCAAAUGAGGAUGAUGAUAUUGACGAGGAGGAUGAGCCACCGCGUCGUCCCGCUGGUCGUGGACGUGGCGGGCGUGGUCAUGGUCUUCUUAAUUUUGGUCGUGCUCGGCGCAUUCCUGUUCGAGGUGGACGAGAUUAUGAUGGUGAUGAUGAUAUGUUGUCUGACAUGGAUGAUCAUCGCCAUGGUGGCCAUCGUGGUUAUCGUGACCGCCACCGUCGCCUUGAUGAUGAUGGUUUAAGCAAAGUGAAAGUGUCUAUUCCAAAAUUUAAUGGAAAAGAAAGUGCUGAUGAUUAUUUUGAGUGGGAGACUAAGGUUGAACAGAUCUUUGAUUUGUAUCCUUAUCCUCCUGUCAAGAAAGCAAAGCUUGCUGCAAUUGAGUUUUCAGGCUAUGCAAUCACUUGGUGGAAUCAAGUGUGUACUGAACUCCGACGCGCUGGACAUGAUCGUAUUACUUGGGAAGACAUGAAGAGGGAAAUGCGACGUCGUUUUGUUCCUGCAUAUUACUCUCGUGAUCUACAUUUGAAGCUAAAACGUCUUGUGCAAGGUACUCGUACUGUUGAUGAAUAUUUUCAAGAAUUGGAAAUGUGUUUACUUCGUACAGGGAUAACUGAAGAUGAGGAAUCCACAAUGGCUCGAUUUCUGGUUGGCCUCAAUAAGCCCAUUACUGAUAAAGUGGAUAUGACAAACUACACAUGUCUCACUGAGUUGGUACAUUUUGCAAAAAGGGCAGAACGACAACUUGCUGGAUCUUAUAAAGAUCGUGCUUCAUUUUCAGCUCAUAAUAGUGCUACUUCAUGGCGCCAGUCACAGCAGCACGGGUCAGGGGUGCACACACCUACAUCUCGUGCAACUUCUUCCAAACAUUUUGAUUCCAAAGGCAAAGCUGUAAGCUCUACUCAGUCCAGCUCCUCUGCUACUGCAGCCCCAAGGCAUACAAGCAAGAUUGAGUGUUUUAAGUGUGGUGGUCAUGGGCAUAAGCAAGCUGAAUGUCCCAAUCGUCGUACGAUUAUUGCCCUUGCUGAUGGUUCAUAUGAUUCACAAAGUGAAGAGGAGGACAAGUUUCACAAUGUCUUUGCAGAUCAUACUCUUGACACUUGUGAGUAUUCAGCUGAGGAUGGUACUUUUGAGCUAGGUCUGAAUUGUUUAGCUAUUCAACCUAUUCUAACUUUUGCUCCCAGUGACAUGAUAGAAGAUGUUAUUUCUCCAUAUUCUAAUGAGAUUACUAGUGCUGAUUUUGAUGAGUUGCUUGCUGAUUUUUCCUGA